CCACAACUUCCCUCUUGUCUGCCUCUGAUGUGCUGUUCACAUCUGUUCACUGAAAGUAUUCUUUGGAGGUGUGCAUCCUGUGAGGUUGAACACAGAAGCAAAUCCAAGUUUUGUUGAUGAUGAUGAUGAUGAAGGUGGGGUUGCCCUUCUCUCUUCUUUCUCUUUGGCUCAGCUUCGGCAGUGCUGAUGCGGCAGGUUUGAAAGAGCCGCAGAUAUGCUACAUCUUGGAUGCGGUCCUGUUCAUCUAUGGGAUCGUUCUCACUGUCCUGUACUGCAGAAUGAAGAUGCGAAGUAAACAAGCAGAAAGAUAUUCGGGGAAGAAAGAUGCCGGUGAAGGGGUUUAUGAGGGUCUCAAGCCUCACGAUCAGGACACAUAUGAGACCAUCAAAAUGAAAAAAGGAAAACAAUGAGCCUCUAGACAAAAGGCGAGAAACAAGUUUCUGGACUUAAUACCACUAUCAUCUUACGCAUAUACCUACUGUAAAUAAGCUGUCAAACAAUAACAAGAAGAAUGUUUUUUGCUUAUACUGUACUAACUUUCAGUAAUCACUAAAAUCAGGCUUUUUUGCUGUUUGUUUGACAGACAGACCCCAAAUAGAGAUAAUUAAAUAAUCAAACAUUAGGAACAUGUAUUUUUGUAUGAUCAUUAUACUGGUUUAAUAAUUUAAUUUUUUAUUUAUUUUUUUUUUUUUAUUUUUUUAUGAAUGCAAUUUCCUGUUCAACUUAAACUACAUUUUAAGCUUCUAACAUGUAUACCGCAGCUGUGUGUCACAAUUUUUCGAGGCUAACUUCCUGCUCUAGCUUCUAUAGCAACAUGCCACCAACCCCACAGAGUCCGAGUCAUUUCCUGUUUUAAAGAGUACAUGGGGGGUCUGCCAAAAAGUGCAUCUGACUUUGACCACAGGUGUGACAGAUGGAAACAGAGCUUUGUUUGAUUUGAUAUGUGUGAAGGCCUUUUUUUUUCCAUUGGUUUAAGAAUGAGCACCCAUAUUGUUUUGCUCUGUGGAAAUAAUAGUUUUUUUUCCUGCUACAUGCGGCAUUUGAGAAAACAACUAUAUAUGAAACAAAAAAUGUAUACCACUGAUGGUCAGAAUUUACUGUAAAUUAAUUAUAAGAGUAAAUUAAAGUAAUUAAAUUAUAUAUAUUAAUUUAUGUCUAAAAAUUGGGAUUGUUUCUCUAGUUAUGCUUACACUUUUUUUUCUUUCAAUAUCUAAUACUGUCAUCAUGAAAUGGUCUCAUUUCCUUUCCAUGAAGUAAUCUGUUUUCGGUUCUUACAUCAAUAGAUUUUGCAGAUAGUGGUGAUGAUAAACAUUUUGUUUUGUCAAAAUUAACAAGAAUUAAAUUAGUAUUUUUUUAUUAAUAGUUUUUUAUUAUUUUUGUUAUUUUCUUUGCUAUUUAAUCAGCUUGUAAUUUAAGCACACUUACAGUAUGUAAUAUGAAAAAUAAAGAGAGUACUGUAAUUAGA